UUUUUACGAAGAGUUUCAUCCAUGUCCUUCGUGGAUGACCUAUAUAUAAACAAUUUCCCAUCAUUUAAAAACUCAGAAUUCUCUCUCUCUCUCUAACACGCACACAGAAAUUUGAAAUUUGAGCGCCAAAGAUGGAGGAGAUGGACGAAACCGAAGCCGUACCUCAGGUUUACAUGGCAUGCAUUCAACAUGGUCAUCGAGUUGGAAUUUCCUAUUAUGAUUCCAGUAUUCGACAACUUCAUGUGCUGGAAGUUUGGGAAGAUGGUAGCAAAGAUUUUCCCUUGGUUGAUCUGGUAAAAUAUCAAGCUAAGCCCGUGAUCAUCUACACAAGCACUAAAAGUGAAGAUUCCUUUUUGUGUGCUUUACAACGUAGUGAUGGAACAACUGAGGCUCCUACUGUGAAGCUUGUGAAAAGUUCAAUCUUCAGUUAUGAGCAAGCAUGGCACAGAUUGAUAUACCUUCGAGUAACAGGAAUGGAUGAUGGAUUAAACAUUAAGGAGAGGGUUUGUUAUUUGAGUUCUAUGAUGGACAUGGGAAGUGAUAUUCAAGUUCGUGCAAGUGGGGGUCUCCUUGCGAUAUUAGAAAAUGAAAGGAUUGUAGAUACCCUUGAAGAAAAGGAAUGUGGGAAUGCAUCAAUCACAGUGGAUUCUGUGGUAGAAAUUUCAUUAAACAAGUUUCUUAAACUUGAUGCAGCAUCUCAUGAGUCAUUGCAGAUUUUCCAAAUAGACAAACAUCCUAGCCAUAUGGGCAUUGGUCGAGCAAAAGAAGGGUUCUCUGUCUUUGGCAUGAUGAAUAAGUGUGUAACUCCAAUGGGUAGACGUCUCUUGAGAAGCUGGUUUCUGAGGCCUAUACUGGACCCUGAAAAUUUAAACAGGCGUCUCAAUGCUAUAUCAUUCUUUCUUUGCUCUGAAGAUCUGAUGGCUUCUUUACGUGAAACUCUGAAGUCUGUAAAGGAUGUUCCUCACAUACUCAAGAAAUUCAACGCUCCAAGCUCUGUAUGCUCCUGUAGUGACUGGAUAGCUUUUCUAAAGAUCUUUGGAGUAGGGAUUUCUGAAAGUCUAAGAGAACAUGUGAAGCAAUUGAACUUGGACAUUGUUGAGGAGGCUACUUCAUGCAUUACAACAGAGCUGGCUUAUGUCUAUGAAUUGGUAAUUGGUGUUCUUGAUGUCAAUAGAAGUAAAGAGAAGGGAUAUGAGACGAUAGUGAAAGAGGGUUUCUGUGAUGAGUUGGAUGAGUUGAGGCAAAUAUACGAGGAAUUACCAGAGUUUCUGGAACAGGUGUCAUCAUUUGAACUUGCACAACUUCCUCAUAUAUCUAAAGACAAGCUUGUUCCUUGUAUUGUUUAUAUACAACAAAUAGGAUACUUGAUGUGCUUUUUUGAAGAAAAACUUGAUGAAAUCACACUAGAGAAACUUCAAGAUUUUGAAUUUGCAUUCUCUGAUGUGGAUGGAGAGAAAAACAGAUUCUUUUAUCGUACCCCAAAGACACGAGAAUUGGAUGAUCUUCUUGGAGAUAUCUAUCAUAAAAUCCUAGAUAUGGAGAGGGUAAUUACUAGAGAUUUGGUGACACAUGUACUUCUAUUCUCAACCCAUUUGCUUAAGGCUGUCAAUUUUGCAGCUGAACUUGAUUGCUUUUUGUCAUUGGCUCUUGUUGCUCAUCAGAACAAUUAUGUUAGGCCUACUUUAACGACAGAAAAUUUGCUUGAUAUACAAAAUGGAAGACAUGUUCUGCAGGAAAUGACAGUAGACACAUUUAUUCCCAAUGAUACAAAGAUUCUUGAUGAUGGAAGAAUUCAUAUCAUCACUGGACCUAAUUAUUCAGGGAAAAGUAUCUAUAUAAAGCAGGUAGCUUUAAUUGUUUUCCUUUCCCACAUCGGAAGUUUUGUCCCAGCAGAUGCUGCAACUGUGGGUUUGACUGAUAGGAUAUUCUGCGCAAUGGGAAGCAAGCUUUUGGCUGCUGAGCAGUCAACAUUUAUGAUUGAUCUACAUCAAGUAGGGAUGAUGCUAAGGCAUGCAACUUCACAAUCUUUGUGUCUAUUGGAUGAAUUUGGUAAAGGUACUCUUACAGAAGAUGGCAUUGGCCUGCUUGGAGGAACCAUAAAUCACUUUGUCACAUGUGAUGACCCCCCAAAGGUUCUGGUGUGCACUCAUUUGACUGAAUUACUUGAUAAGAGUUGCCUACCGAAGUCAGAGAUGCUCAACUUUUACACCAUGAGUGUGCUGAGGCCUGACAACAAUUCUACAGAUAUUGAAGAUAUUGUAUUUUUAUAUCGGCUUGUUCCUGGACAUGCACUGCUUAGCUAUGGGCUGCAUUGUGCGCUGCUUGCUGGUGUCCUUGAGGAAGUUAUUCAGAGAGCAGCAUUUGUGUUGGAUGCUCUUGGAAAUGAUAAACAUGUUGAGCGAUUGUGCAAUGAGAAUAUAUCAAGCCAAGAUCAACAAUACAAGGAUGCAGUGGACAAGAUGCUGGCGUUUGAUGUUUACAAGGGGGACCUCGACCUUUUCUUUCAGGAUAUAUUUCCAUCUUAGUCAAAGACAUUGAAGGUAUCACAUUCUAUGGAUACUUGUACUUGGGCUUGAUAUUCUCCAGAAAAUUCAGGUUUAGUUUACAGAUAUGACAUAGUAAAUAUGGAAAAUUGGGUCUCAGCUGUCAAUAUUGGACAUCACCAUGCUAACGUGGACUACAUUAUCAUUUUGUCUGUGACACAGAUUGCAAAUUAUCAGAGUAAAGAAAAUAAAUAAGAGGAACAGAGGAUAUGCAUAAUGCAUGCCAUUGCCCCUA